AUGAAGUUGGUCUUGUUGUACAAGAAAGAGGCUGUUCUAGAACUCUUGAGGAAUCGCUUGCGCGGACCUGAGAUAUUUUUAGCUACUGAAGAAGAAGUGAACAAUCUUUUGGCUUCCAUCUUAGAGCUUUCAGAAAAUCUGCGGGAGGAGCUGAAUGAAUUAACAGGUGAACAGGACAUGCGUGGUGUGAUGAAUGAUGAAGAAUCAAAACUUCUUUUGCUCCUCUGGAGCGCCAAAGCAGACCUGUUUGUACAGGCAGUACACAUCCAAGCCAAAAAGCGCCCUCUUCUUGAAUCAAAAUCGAUCGGUGCACGUUUGGGUACAAAGCUCAAGGAGAAAAUAUACAAAGCCCUACAGGCGCGCCGACCAGCGGUCAAGAAGUACAUUGAUGCCUUCAAUCGAUGCUUUGCCAAUUAUGUCACAAAGUUCCCCGAUCAGAAACUGAGUGAUGCAGCUGACUAUCCCCUGACGUGUGACAAUUUUGUUACCUUCGAGAUCGAUCAUCGGUUUUGGAAUGAUGGUCUAUACUACCAUUCCAAAGCUCCUUGGGCAAUUGAUUGCGAUGUUCGUGCGGGGAUUACUGCAACAUUAACUCUCAGCCGGGUGCAAGAGGAAUUGCAGCUUCUCGCCCAAGAAUUGUGCCGGGCUGUGGGAUGGGGAGUGGCUCACUACAAUCGACUGGAAAAAUCAGUAGCCUACCUUGCAGAUCGUAUUUCUCAAUUGGAUAUCUAUUUGGCAGACGGUGGCCAAGAGCUUUCCCCAGAUCACGUGGAUCAAUUGUCGUUUGGCGGUUUUUCGCAAAAAUACAAGUAUAUUGUAAUCAAGCAAGAGAUUAUGCGACGCUUGGAAGCUCAUGGUGCAUUAAUGCACCAGUGGUCGGAUAAGAUUCACUGGCUGUGGCAGCAAUGUCAACCUCUGGCCAACCGGGACUACAUAUCAGACUGGGAUCAAAUGAUUGACAAGGUAAAGGAUGGUAAUCCAUUAGCGGCUGAACUAUUUGGUGGUGUUGAUGAAGAAAUGGAGGAAACAAUCCUUGGUGUGGAACUGGACGAUGGUGAAGAUGCAGCGGACGGAGCCCUCAUAUCUGCCACCAAAGGGGAAACCGAAUGA